AUGUGGUCCAAUGGUCGAUUGACUGCUGAUUGUGUCAUUUUUUCAUCCGUUGUUUUCUCUUUUGUAUGUUGUACUGCUGUUUCUCUUGUGUCUUGUUUUUUUUCAGUUUGUUUUGUGGUUUGUGUUGUUACCGUUUUUAGGACUGUUCCAGUUUGUGUUUGUGUGUCGUAUCGUUUUUGUUGUAGUCGUUUUAUUGCUGGUACGUCCACGGUUUCUGUUGCUACGUGGCUUAUUUGCUUUGCUGGUAUUUCUGCGACGUAUUGUAUUCCUGCAGUUCUAGUUUGA